UUCAGGGGGUGAAAUUAAGACUUGUAUGUUUUCGUAUACAAGGCACAAGACUACAGUGACCAAAGAUUUACGCACUAUUACUGAGCUGGACUUUGAGAAAGAUCCAACUCUUGUUGUUGGGCAAUCAUGGUGCAGUUCGUGCCGUAAAAACAGGGGCAAGCAGAGAGACAAUUUGCCUGUAAAUCAAGAUAAAACAAGUAGUGAACAGGAUUUCAUCAUUCCCAAUAUUGCAGAAAAUAUUCCUGCUUCAGUACCUGUCUCAGCACUACCCGUCUCAGAUGUAGAAACCAUCCCAGCUAUAGACAACAGUCGUAAGUAACAAGCAGUCCAACAGAGUCAAAAGUUAACUUGUUUAUGUCAAUAUCAAUCAACCAAUAUUACAUCAAUCAAUAUCAAUAUUAUAUUUUUAUUUAUUUUGUUUUAAGGUGCUGAAGAAAAGUUUUGCUUCUAUUCUGAUAAGGUUCACAGGGUAAAAAUAACAUUAGGAUUAAUAAAAAUAACAGAAAAAGAACAUAAAGGUGACCCCGUAUUGAUGAGAUUAGAAGGAAAAUACUUGUGUGGAAGCUGUUAUUGUGACGCCAAGGAUAAUACCUCCCCAACAGACAACGACAAUCCUCCUGAUUUUAGCUUGAAUCUUCACUCUACCCUGGCCCCAGAUUUAGUCUAUGAUACAGAAAAUCAAACUUCAGAAAGUCAAGGGCCAUUACAAUGCAUAUUUGAAGAACCCGGGUCUUGCCUGUCAGAUUUUAUUGAAGUCAGCACCUUUAACAGUGAUGAGCUUUAUGCAUUGAGUUGGAGCAGUGGCUUAUGGCAAUUAAAAAUACCAUCCUCCAUUUGCAAGUUUCAUUAUGCCGAAUUUGUUGGAAAGUAUAAAGAAGGCACACCAACAAUUACAAAUAGAUGCUGUGAUCCCUUUGAAUGCCACCAACAGCGUGUUAAAAAGAAACUAUCUCCAGUCACUAUUUCUUUGGUAUGUGUUGCCAAAGAAAAGAAAUUGCAUAUUGUGUUUGGCAACAGCAUUUGCUACAAUUGUAUUUACAGAAUACACAACUUUCAAAGCGACCCCAAAAAUGACUCAACAGAUUUGUCACGGAAGCCAAGUUCGUCUUCAUCUUCUCUUCUUACACCCACAUUGCGAAAAGAGCAGGCAGCUGACGCUCUCUCUGAGAUGAAAGUUUCUAUCAUCAACCCAUCAAGAUAUUUGGCUGGACGUAUUGAGUAUGGCAAAAGAAAGGUACAGGAAAUAACAAGAGAUAUACAGUAGAAAAUUAGUCGAUUUUUAAAUGUCACGCCUGAGCAGCUUUUGCCAGAAACUCAUCAUAAAGCUGAAGACAUGG